AUGGCAGGACAAACAAGCGGGGAUUUCUCAGGGAUCUCCGUCGGAAGCAACGACUUCAUCGCCAUCAAGCUCGACGCAGAAGGAAAUGAGCUGUGGACAUGGCAGGAUGGUACUAGUGGGGGGGACUUCGUGGAAGCUGCUGCGGCGACAGGGGACGGGUCUAUCGUGCUGGCUGGAUAUACUUGUGGGGAGUGGAGUGGGGAGUUGGCGGGCGAUACUUGUGACUUCGCCGCGGUGAAGAUCGAUGCCAACGGAACGGAAGUUUGGAGGUGGCAGGGCGGUUACGCGGUCCAGUACAACGGAAUGCAUGCGGUGGCCGUGCAAGAAGAUGGGACUGUUCUCCUCACCGGGCGUAGUGGAGAUUACAACGCUGUCGCGGUUAGUGGCGUCGGGGCUUCCGAAAUUGCAGCGGUGAUGCUAGGGGUUGACGGAGAAGAGGUCUGGCGCUGGAAGCAGGCCAGCUCUCCAGACGUCUUCCAAGUCCGGGGGAUGGCGGCAGGCUCAAACGGGAGGAUGCUAAUGGUCGGGAACACCAAUGGAUCGUGGAUAGGCGAUCCCAAUCUUGGCAGCGAAGAUUUCUUGCUUGUCAUGUUCAACACCACCAGCCUCACCACCUCGACAACCCCAACGGUGUCACCAACUGUCGCACGGAGUCCCGCGCCAGCUUUACAGGUUAUCCUACCUUCUACUACGCCUACCACACUACCUAUCCCUACAUCGGCACCAUCACCGGGUAGUUCCUCCACAGCGGCGCCAUCAGCCGGCAGUUCCUCCAUGGUGGCACCGUCAGCCGGCAGUUCCUCGACACUCGCACCGUCAUCUGGGAAUUCCUCGACAGUUGACCCUUUAGGCACUUCCCCGGGAGGUGAAUCAGCAUCGGGCACUGCGCCAGUCGUAGCUGGGGUGGUUUCCGCGAUUGCCGCUGCUGCUCUCAUUACGCUUGGUGUUUGGUACAAGAGGCGGCAAGCAGCGAAAAACAUGGGGAGUGGCCGGUUGGUCCCACCUCCCGGCGACGAUGAUGGCCUCGAACAUGGUCGUGAAUACAAUCGCCAGCAAGGCGUUGAGCCGGCUGCAUCGGCCGUUGUUUAUUCAGACAACAACCAGCCUCCGCACCCACACAAGCCGGUAGAGGUUGUGACGGCCGGCAAAGCACCCUCGGGGUCUGUAUCGUCCAGCACCGAACAGUCCACACGAAUGCCGGAAGGGCCAGGUGUUAGGUUUCCAGGCGUGGGUACGAAAGACGUUUUAGCACAGCAGUCCUUGACUACUGCCGGUUCCACAGCUGUUGUCUCAACGUCUGAGCGGGCUGAACUAGCCGGCAUCAGCACUGAAAACACAGGACGUUUUGCCGACGAACCUAUGCCAGCCUCGGGCGAGCGAGAGGCCUCUUCCACGGCUGGCCGCCGAGGAUCGUUCGGUGAUGUCGGCGUUGGCCAAGCUGUGAUGGUAGCAGCUCAAGAGCUGGCUCACAGGUGUCAAGUUCCUGGCGUCAGCGAGGCAGUAACACUGGUUUCCAUUCUGGUUAACCUCGUGAAGGAUAGCCGCGACGACAGCAGCGGGGGUGACUCGAGACUCAGACAGUGCCGCUCGAUUGUCAUGGUGCUGAACCGGGCCGACAAGGUCGCUGGCAACGGCGAAAAUACGACCGGGAAGGUGGCCCGUACGUUAAUCGACGACGUGCACGAGGCAAUCUUCGACCUCGUGGAGCUCAUCAAAACGUACCAAAGCAAGAACAAGCUUUCGAAAGUGCUAAUGUCGACCCUCUUCAAGCGGCGCCAGGACGAGCUUGAUGCGGUCGUUGACAGGGCCAUCGUGCGACUGCAAUUGGGUCUCCAGGUUCAAGUCGGACAGGAUGUCAAGGCGGGAAUGGACCUCUACAAGGGUUCCAUUGCAGAGGUUCAGUCAGAGUCUCUGGCGGACGCUCGUAGCACACGGCGUCGGCGCAAGCUGGACCAAGUCGAAAUCCCCGAGGAACAUGUGACCAUCACAAACGAAGUACUUGGGAGGGGUGGCUUUGGCGAGGUGUACCUCGCCGACUACAACGGUCGUAACGCCGCCGCUAAGGUGCUGCUUAUCGCCCGCGACCUAGGGACGUUAAGUGAAAACGAUGCCCUUGAGUCCCCACUGGCAGGCCGGUCGAACACCACAAAGCGAGAAGACAGUCAACGGAGGGCCUUCCUGCGCGAGCUCGAUGCCAUGAUUCGUCUGAGGAGCCCUCACACGGUCAACGUCUACGGAGCGGUCACGUCUCUGCCGGACCGCAUGGUUCUCGUGAUGGAACUGCUCUCGGGCGGUGACCUCCGAACGCUAUUGAGGAAUUAUCAGCAGCCCCUUCCCGAGGAGCAAUCCAGGCGCAUCAUCGGGGACAUCUGCGCGGGAAUGGCCUUCCUUCACAGCAAGGACACAGUUCACGGCGAUCUCAAGUCGGCCAACGUACUCCUCGAUGGGUCUGGACGGGCGAAGAUUGGAGAUUUUGGUACCUCCAGAUGGUCGCAGCACACAAACUCAACCGGCCUGGCUACCUAUACCACCAGAUCCAGUCCGGGCACCCAGAUGAGCCUCGCCUGGAGCGCCCCGGAGGUGCUCGAAUCUGGCGGUAGCACCCGCGCCAGCGAUGUCUACAGCUUCGGCAUCGUUGUGUGGGAAGUGGUGUCAGGCGAACUUCCUUGGGCAAACAAGAGCCGCCCUCGGGAAAUACUGUCCGCGGUGUUGAUGGGAGUGCGGCCUUCGUUCAAUGACAUUGCCCCCACCGACAUGGUGGAAAUCGCGAAGGCUUGCUGGGAAGGGGAACCCGACGCGCGGACCACCUUCGAUGCCGUCAUGGAGGGCAUGAUGUCAAAGGGCCGUCAUCAGUAG